UCGCUUCCGCCCACAUAUUCAGCUCACCGACUCACUCCGCCUGCCUUGAUCUACCGCUAACCGCAAUCCUGCAGAUACCUCAUCCGUCAAAAUGGGUCACGAAGACGCUGUCUACCUGGCAAAGCUGGCCGAGCAGGCCGAGCGCUACGAGGAGAUGGUCGAGAACAUGAAGAUCGUCGCCUCUGAGGACCGUGAUCUCAGCGUUGAGGAGCGGAAUCUUCUGUCGGUCGCUUACAAGAACGUUAUUGGCGCUCGCCGUGCGUCGUGGAGAAUCGUCACCUCUAUCGAGCAGAAGGAGGAGUCCAAGGGCAACUCCACCCAGGUCGGCCUCAUCAAGGAGUACCGCCAGAAGAUUGAGGGCGAGCUCGCCAAAAUUUGCGAGGACAUCCUCAGCGUCCUUGACAAGCACCUGAUUCCCUCUGCCAAGGCUGGCGAGUCCCGGGUCUUCUACCACAAGAUGAAGGGUGACUACCACCGUUACCUCGCCGAGUUUGCCGUCGGCGACCGGCGCAAGGACUCGGCCGACAAGUCCCUCGCGGCCUACAAGUCUGCCACCGAAGUUGCCCAGACCGACCUGCCUCCCACGCAUCCCAUCCGCCUGGGUCUUGCCCUCAACUUCUCCGUCUUCUACUAUGAGAUCCUCAACGCCCCCGACCAGGCCUGCCACCUCGCCAAGCAGGCGUUUGAUGAUGCCAUUGCUGAGCUCGACACAUUGAGCGAGGAGAGCUACAAGGACAGCACCCUGAUUAUGCAGCUCCUUCGCGACAACCUGAUGUUGUCUUUCUCUUGAUAUGAUAACCCCGGUUUGGCAAAUCCCUUGGUGGAAACGGUGUCUUUGGAGCGCGGACUGGAGAUCCCACGUACCCUUUGCAUGUUUACGGAGAUACACAAGACCUUGAUGGGCGGUUCAUCACGGCAGUUGAGGGCUAGAGUGCAGCAUCUCGGAAGGGGUAUUGAUUCCUUUCUCAGAUCGCCUGCGU